UUAUCCUUCCCAUGUGUGGCAAGCCAUUGUGGCUUAUGAGGACAGACGGUUCUUUAGGCAUUUCGGGAUUGACCCAGUUGGGCUUGCUCGUGCGGUGCUGUCUUUUUCUGCUCGUGGUGGUGGUAGCACCAUUACCCAGCACAGUUCAUAUACCCGAAUUUCACCGCUUCACACUAUCAAUUUAUUGAUGGUGCUGGUGUAUUCUUGUACUCUCGAAAUAGAACAUUUGAAACUGCAAUCUACAAUCCCAGCUUACAAAAAUUCAACUUCUACUUGUGUGUUAUUCAUGUAGCAACCAACACCAUCAUUUGGUCUGCUAACCGUGAUGCUCCGAUCUCGAGUUCUGCCCAAAUGACUCUUACAGCUAAAGGGAUUAGCAUUUCUGAUGAAGAUGGAAACCUGAAAUGGUCAACUCCAUCGUUAGACUCAGGAGUGGGUGCAUUACAGCUGACUGAAAUGGGUAAUCUUGUUCUACUUGAUCAAUUCAAUAAUACCCUCUGGGAAAGUUUUCAGCAUCCAACAGAUACAAUUGUGAUUGGGCAACAGUUGAAUGUUGGAACAUUUCUCUAUGGUGCUGCAUCAGACAAUGAUUUUUCAACUGGUGACUACAGGCUUGCAAUUAGUGGUUCUGAUGCAAUACUGCAAUGGCAUGGACAAACAUAUUGGAAAUUGUCUAUGGAUACCAGUGCUUUCACAAAUUCAAAUUACAUAGUGGAAUAUAUGGCAAUAAACAGAACAGGUCUUUAUCUGUUUGGUCUUAAUGGAUCAGCUGUUGUGGUUCAGGUGGUCUUGUCACCAUCAGACUUCCGAAUUGCCAAUCUGGGUUCCUCUGGCCAGUUUAUUGUCCGUAGUUAUUCUAGUACGGGUUGGAAGCAGGAUUUUUUGGGGCCAGUUGACACUUGUCUAAUACCAUUAACUUGUGGCAAACUUGGGUUGUGUACUGAUGAUGCAUCUAGCAAUCCAGUAUGUUCAUGUCCAUCAAAUUUCCAUGGAGGUUUACAAAAUAUGAGCGGUUGUUUGCCAAGUGAUAGUUCUUUUUCUUUGCCAAUUGCUUGUAACUCAACCAAAAAUGGUCUUCAAUCAAAUUCAUCCAGUGUUGCAUAUCUGAGACUUGGCUAUGGUAUGGAUUACUUUGCCAAUAUAUUCUCUGAGCCCGUGAAAUUUGGUGUUAAUUUGACAGUCUGUCAAGAUCUCUGCUCAGGGAACUGUUCUUGCUUAGGAAUUUUCUAUGACAAUUCAACUGGUUCUUGCUAUGUGCUUGAAGAUCAGUUGGGGUCCAUUAUCAGCAAUACAGGUCAAAGUUCCCUUGUGGGUUAUAUAAAAGCUCUUGUCAGAUCUACUCCACCAGAUGGCAAAGGUGGCAACAACAGUAAUGGAACACGUAAGUUUCCCACAGCUGCUUUGGUGCUUUUACCAUGCACUGGCUUCUUUCUGCUGGUAGCUGUAGGUUUUCUCUUAUGGGGAAGAUGGAGGCUCUCCAAGAGAAGGGAUAUAAAGUUAGGCCAUCCUAGCUCAUUUUCUUCUGGAGAUUUGGAUGCCUUCUACAUUCCAGGAUUACCUAAAAGGUUUGACUAUGAAGAGCUUGCAGUGGCUACAGAUAACUUUAAGACCCAAAUUGGUGCAGGUGGGUUUGGUUCUGUAUACAGAGGUACACUACCUGAUAAAACUGUUGUGGCUGUAAAGAAAAUAACCAAUUUAGGUGUUCAAGGCAAGAAAGAUUUCUGCACUGAGAUUGCAAUUAUUGGUAGUAUCCAUCAUGCCAAUUUGGUCAAAUUGAAAGGAUUUUGUGCCCAAGGGAGACAACGUCUAUUGGUUUAUGAGUAUAUGAAUCGUGGGUCGCUGGACAGAACCCUUUUUGGUAGUGGACCGGUCUUAGAAUGGCAAGAGAGGCUUGAUAUAGCACUUGGGACAGCACGUGGGCUUGCAUACUUGCAUAGUGGAUGCGAACAAAAGAUCAUCCAUUGUGAUGUCAAGCCAGAGAACAUUCUCUUGCAUGAUCAAUGUCAGGCAAAGAUCUCUGAUUUUGGACUCUCAAAGCUUCUAAGCCCUGAGCAGUCCAGCCUUUUCACAACAAUGAGAGGCACACGUGGCUAUCUUGCACCAGAGUGGUUGACUAAUGCUGCAAUCUCAGAAAAAACAGAUGUAUAUAGUUUUGGAAUGGUUUUGCUCGAAGUUGUUAGUGGGAGGAAAAAUUGUUUAACACGAUCGCAAAGCCAUAGUGUCGAUGACAGCAACAGCGGUGGUGGCCACUCAUCAUCUUCUUCAGGAUCAGGACUCAUUUACUUUCCACUGCUUGCAUUGGAGAUGCAUGAGCAAGGGAAGUACUUGGAGCUUGUUGACCCAAGACUGGAGGGACGUGUAACAUAUGAAGAGGUGGAGAAAUUAGUGCGUGUGGCCUUGUGUUGUGUUCAUGAGGAACCAGGACUGAGGCCAAAUAUGGUUACUGUUGUUAGCAUGUUGGAAGGAGGGAUGCCACUAUGUCAGCCGAGAUUGGAAUCUUUAAAUUUCUUGCGCUUUUAUGGGCGUCGAUUUUCUGAGGCUUCUAUGAUUGAAGAGGAAACUGAGCAAAAUGAUCUAGUGUUGUAUCCACAAGCAAAUGCUUCUACUAGUAGCACACCAAGUGACUCACGUAUUUAUUAUUCUUAUGUCUCCUCGCAGCAGAUCUCGGGACCUAGAUAACAUUGGGUGGCCGAGUAGCUUUUGUAUAGUUUGUUUUGAAUGACCAUUACGUGUAUGUAAUUUCAAUAUGAACAUCUUGGUUUUCUCCACUAGAAUCUACUUGUUAUUCCUAUAUCUUAUCAUGAGGUUCAGAGUGGUCUCACUGGUUGUAAUUUGUUCGGCUAAUGUAAAGAUUUCUUUGGAGUAAGUAAUAAGAUUAUUAUAUGCAAAUUGAAGAUAGCC